ACCAUCUUCCUUUUACAUUAGGGUUUGUCUGAUUGGCACAUAAUCCGGAGAUGUUGGCCGAAAUAGAGGGAGCAAAUUAAGCGUACUAUGAACCCAAAAAGUCCAAAAUUCGUUGGAAGUCAUAUCAUUCUCCCAUGAAUCCAAUUCAUAGACCACAUAACUGGCCUAGGUGGGUGGAUGAUGGGUUCACCUACAAAACCAGCUUCCACGAUGGGGUGUCAAUCAGUCGAAUCACUCUCCAUUAGUUUAAAGUCUCUAUGAUUAUUGAUUAUUUAGGUAAAGAUAUCUAGCCUCCAAUCCAAUUCUAUAUUUCCUAGGUAAUGGAAGAACCCAACUAAAGAUAGUUGAGAGGAAAGAUGAUGAACUCAAGUAUUGAAACAGAUUACCGCAACUUCAGCCGAGCUGUGUUCAGAGUGCACUAUUUGGGUUGUUGACAUGGGCAAUGAGAUGGGCAACCAGAACAUAUCUGGGACGCAAGAGAAAAAUAGCAUCAAGCUUGAAGCUCCAAGCGAGUCUAUGGAAGCAACAGUGGCUUCAAUUAAUGCAAAUAGUAUAGAAGAUGCCAACCAACAGGUUUCUUUUCCUAAGGAGAACUUCCAUGAAUACAACACUGGCUUUGCUUCUGAGGGCUCAUUCAGAACUGAUGAUCCCAUUGAGCAACAAACAUUGGAUACUGUCUUUGCAUCUGAGGACUCAUUCAGAACUGAUGAUCCCAUUGAGGAACAAACAUUGGAUGGAAGAGAGCAAGACGAAACUGAAACUCAAGCUCCUGAGGGAUCUCCAAAAGCUUCAGUGGAUUCCAAACAUAACAAUGACAGAGAUGGUGUAAUACAGUUGGUUUCAUCUCCUGAGGAUGGUAAAUUUCAUCAGAAAAUAGGUUCACCUACAGUGGAGAGCUUGUCCAGAACAAUGGACAACCAAAUUCAGAGACAGGCAUCAAGUCAAAAAGAGGAAGAAGAGACAAGGAAUGCAUCUUUGGAUACAAAAUUUAUGGUCUGUAGACCCACCUCCAUGGAAGUGCACACCCUUAAAUCUGAUCAACAUGAAUCCACCAUAGCUGACAUGAAUUUAGCAGUUUCACCAUAUAAAGAUAAGACGACUAAUGAACACACAGGUUCAUCUUCUGUGGAGAAGUUAUGCAGAACAAAUGAGAACCAGACUCAGAGUCAGGCAUCAAUUAGAGGAGGAGAGGAGACAAUGAAUCCUUCACUGGAUUCAAAAUCCCUGGUUCCUAACUCCAACUCUGUGGAAGCAGAAACUGUUAACUCUGAACAGCAUACGUCCAAUACAUCUCAUGCUGAACCAUUAGUUUCAUCAUCAGAAAACGGGAAGUCGAAUGAGCAUACAGCUUCACCUCCUAAGGACAACUCAUCCAGAACAAAUGACAACCAAAUUCAGAGAGAGACAUCAAUUGAGGGAGAGGAGGAGGAGGCAAGGAAUUCAUCUCUCAAUACCAAAUCCAUAAUCCACAAUCCCAAAUCUGUGGAAUUAGAAAAUCUGAAGUCUGAUCUCCAGGAGUCUACGAAAGCUCACACACAACUAUUUGUGGAAGCCAGCAUAAAAUUACCUGAAAUCAGUGGCGACAUUCCCAAAUCAAGUGGACCUUUAGAUUCCAAGGAGAAAGGACACAAACUAAAGGAUGAGGCUGCAGACAGUCUUCACGGGAGUUAUAUUCUGCCUUCCUUCUCCGAGGUAGAAAAUAUUGGGAAAGAUAUGCCAAUCGAAAACAUGGAAACCCAAGAAGUGGAGGUGGUAGACACAAACAAUAUCAAUGUGGUGGAAUCUGAAAUUAUACGUCAAAUUGAAGCUGAAGACAGGUGCAGAACAACACCAACACCUGAGGUUGAAAACAGAGGAGGAGAAGUACCAACCUUAUCUAACUCUCUUGGGAAUGAUGGCAGGGAUUGCAUGGACUCACAAUCUGAAGCUGUUGUAUUGACCAGAUUACCAGAUUCCUUCCAAAUAGAAGCUUCUGAACCAGAAUGCAAAUAUAUAGUUCUGACGAAUGAUAGCAAAGUGAUGGAGAACGGAUCAGAAAGUGAGCAGAACGGGUAUGACUCUAACACAACUUUUCUUUCUGAGGAACUGGUGGAACAUUCAAAUGCAGAUGAGAAGGAUAUUUUUCAAACUGAGCAUGUGAUGAUAGGCACCGAUCAUGGAGGAAAGAGAAAGGGAAGUGAGUUGUGUGACUCAUACAAGCCUAAGAUCCAGAGUGACUUCCAAAUUGAUGAUGCAAAUGUGAGUGUGGAUGUCUUCAAACUCAACAUGCAUGAUAGCAACCGGAGCUUGGUUUCAGAGGAACCCUGUGAGAAGUUGGAGGGAGAAACCAAGAUGGUGGUUGUUGUUGAAACGGUUCCAACAGAGCUGAUUCUCAUUGAUGGAAACCAUGAAGAGAGGGAACUCAUAACAUGUUCCUCACCUUCAUUGGACCCAACUAAGCAUAAAGUUACCAUAGAAGAAAUGAAGAAAGCAGAAGAUGCAGAUUCAAAUUUGUCUCCAUUGCAUCCGAUUGAAUCAGUGGAAAAUUUUCUUCCACCUGACCCUGUUUCUCUAGGCCAACCUAAAGAUCCCAAACAGGGGAGACUAAUGGAAUCUGAAACAGUAGAUUCUGGAAGUGGCUCAAACAUGGAAUCAAAUCAAAACUGUAAUGAUGAGGUUGAUAUCAAUAAAACUUCCAAAUUCAAUACAACAAAUUCAACUAUAGAAAAAUCAUUGGAGAAUGAGACAUCCAGGCAAGACUGGUCACAACAUCAGGGCCUAGACCAGUCACAACAUCAGGAAUUCACUACAGUGACACUUGUGCCAUCUGAUAUUACUGUGGAUGGUUCUGAGGGACAAGAAUCAACAUGUGAUGUAACCAACCAUGCGUGUGACAUUGACUUGAGGUCUGUUUCUGGAACACAAGAAAACAAUGGCUUCAUCAAUGAAACGAACCAAGGUAACAUCAAAGCCAAUGUUGAUGUUAGAGCUGAGUCCAACUUUGAACUUCACACCCCAAGAAAAGAAAGUGAAGCCCCAGCAGCAACCCAGUUAGACAAAAAGUUCUGUGCAAAAGGUCAAGUUUCUGCAUUUACUAGUUGUGUUCUAGAUGCUCUCGAAACUGAUUUAAUGCCAGAAUUUGAGAACCAUGCCGAAGUUAGUAAACUGCCUGACCCCGAUUUUGAAUUGCCUCCUACUAAAGCAAGGAUAGAUGAAUCCAAUCGAACCUCAUUACUGUGCCCAGAGAAAAUUGCGAAAGGUGAAGAGUUUGAAGUCCCAGAAAUCCAGUUAAGCAAGCAGCUUCAUGCAAAAGAUGAAGUUUCUGUUUUUGCAAUUUGUGGGUCUGAUACUAAAGAAAGUACAGACAGAUUGACAACUGAUUCAAUUCAAGAUGACAUCAAUUUCCACAUUAAGGUUGGUAAAUCUCCUAACUUUGAUUUUGAACUCCCACUUGAAGCAAGGAUAGAAGAAUCAGAUCAAACCCCAUUACUGAGUCAGCAAAGGACUGCAAAAGGUGAUGUCUUUCAACUUAAAAGCCGUGGUUUUGAAACCUUAGCAAACAGAGUUGAUGUUAAUGUUGAAAACCCAUAUGCAGAAACUGAAGUGUCAGCACUUAGAGCAGGUAAAGAAAAAUCUGGAAAGGACCAAUUACAGUAUGAAGAGAUGUCAGCGGAAAAGCAUGUCAUUGCAUUUGAAAGAACCAGUUCAGAGAAGUUGAGGACCCCACUUCUAGAACUAAUGAAGGAAGGAGAGAAGUAUGUGAACGAGUCAGCAAAGAAAAACAAGGGUCGUGUUGCAAAGAAGUCAGCAGAAGAUGGGCGGAACUCAUCCACUAAGAAAGACAUGGCUAAUUCACCCACAGAGAGAGAAAAGCGCAAGCCCAAGUGUACCUUCUUCAGCAACUGCAUGGGUUGUACAUAGGUGAUUCAUAAGCUUUUCAGUUCCAUAUUUUAUUUUAUUUUUGGUUCUUUCUCAGUGGUUUGGUUGAUUUGUUGUUAAGGAUGACUUGAAAAAGAUAGUUUUGGAUUUGAAGAUUAGAGAAAAAAUGAGUGAGAUCACCUUUGUGAGUGUUGUCAUCCAUUAUUUGUGUUCCUUUGCUUUUCCACCUUUAUUUCUUCAGUUAAAUGAGCUUGGUUUAUUACUUGAUUC